AUGGUGCACAUCUUCAUGUAUGAGUUCCCACUUCUGCCUCCCUAAUAUCUCUAACAAGCAAUAGCACUGGUGCGACGGGUUACAUUGGCGGGAACAUCCUCGAUGAACUAGUCGCAAAACACCCCACAUAUGUCAUAACAGCCCUCGCCCGCGCCGAAACCUCAGCUGCGGUGCUCAGAAAAAAGUAUCCGACCAUUCGCAUCGCAAUGGGAGACCUGGACUCAAUAACUGUUCUCGAAACCGAGUCGGAGAAGGCGGACGUCGUUAUCCACACAGCGGACGCAGACCACGCCGCAUCCGCAAAGGCCUUGAUCGCCGGAGUGUCCAAACGUCCGCAGGGUGGAUUGAUGUUGCACACCAGUGGCCUGACCAUCAUUAUGGACAAGCCAAAUGGAGACCACCUCAGCCCGCGUGUGUGGGAUGACAUUGCGGAUGUUGAUGAGCUGACGUCAUUGCCUGAUACCCAUUGGCACCGUCCAGUAGACAAGGUAACAAAUCAGCCAUGCUUCUUUAACUCCCCAGGAUACUCUACCACAAGAUGAAACCCCUAACGGAUAGAAACGCAGAUAAUCCUUGAGGCCCCCGAGAAUGUCCGCACGGCAAUCAUCUGCCCUCCCAGGGUUAUGGGCCUUAGCAAGGGCAUCAAAAAGAGCGGAAGGGGUACAGCAGCCUUGAGAGACGGCUUCAAGAAAGCCGGCCCUUUCCAAAUCAACAGCGGAGCUCCCAAACAGUCAUACAUUCACAAUAACGAUCUAGCGAAGCUGUACCUCCUCCUCGUGUCCGAGGGAUUCAAGCCCGAUGGCGGUGCCGCCCAGUGGAAGGGCGAGGGCUACUACUUUGCCGAAAGCGGUGAGGCCAGUGCCGCGGAGAUCGCGGAGGCCUCCUCCAAGGCCCUGGGGCUCGGUCCCGUUAGGAAGAUUAGCCUUGCAGAGGCGGGUGAUAUUGGCCGGAUUUUUACCAUCUUAUGUGGGGUGAAUGCCAGGUGUGUUGCGAAGAGGGCGAGGAAGUUGGGGUGGGAACCUACGGAGGAGAGUUACCACCAUGCUCUUGCAGAGGAGUUCGCAGUUCUAGACGGGGAGAGCGAUAGAUAG